AUGCUGUCUUUGAUGGACCCAAGACAUCACUUGGAAGUAUCACAUAUUCAACUAGAGCGGGCACGACCGGCACACGAAGCCCAUGCUCCUGACGAGGUGGUGCCUGUUCUUAUGGUCAGAGAGCAUCCGGCCUUUCUGGCCAAUGGUGCGGCGUCAACUUCGCAGCCUGUCGCGCGGUGGCAAGACGUGGGGGAGCUGCUCUCGGAGAAGCAACGUCACGAGUUGGUGCAGUUGUUCUUUCAUUUUGUCCAGCCUGCCUUUCCAGUCUUGUCUGGAGCCGGGGCCGAAGCCGACAGCGACAGUCACAGUCACAACGAGUGUGACCUCAGCACGGCCUCGCUAUCUCUAUCAGCUUGCAUCUAUGCGACCGCGCUGCCUUUCUCGAUCCACAAUGAUUACCUGAAUGCCACGCUGACUGAUGCCAAUGGCAAGCGCGAACAGCUGUACUCGAUGGCCGUCGCAGCCAUCCUCGCCGAAGCCAACGCGCCUACCCUCGAAACACUUCAGGCAUGCUUGCUCUUGCUGCAGAAAGGGCCCACAGUCCAGCACCAAGGCCUGACGCCGACAUAUUCCGCCUUCUCAUCAAUGACCGUCACGAUUGCCAAAUCUCUGGGUUUGCAGUAUGACUGCACCAAUUGGAGUAUACCCCUGGCAGAGAAGCAGUUGCGCCAGCGUUUAUGGUGGGCCACGUUCGUCAUGGAGGUCUGGGUCAGCAUUGACACGCCGGGAGGGCGAUCUAUCUGUUCGGACGACUACGAUGUGCCGCUCCUCCGUGGUGGCGACGUCGCCAACGUGGACCACAGACAGGAGAUGCCAGAGCACACGCACUUCAUCUGCCUUGUCGAAACGUCCCACCUGCUAUCGCAGAUUUGCAGCACGUACUACACGGUCCGCGCGGCGAAGGAAACGGCGUCCGACCUCUUCAAGUCGCUCGAAUUCGCCAAACCGCUUCGCUCGGCUCUCAACGAGUGCAAGCAGAAGUUGAAGGUCAUCAUGCCGCUCGAUGGAAGCGGACAGCCCGGUGCCAGUGGCUCCGUGCAUCUGGCCGCCUGCGUUACAUCCAUCAUUUUGUUCCGCGCUCUCCUACGGCCCAUCCAAGGGGGCACAUCUACCGGACCACUGUUGAGGGAAAGCCAAAUGUCGGCCGCAGCAGCGGUCGUGACGGGCUCGAUAAACUGCGCGAGAGAGGCUGUCGAGCUUCUAGAGACCAUGGUCUCCAUGGUUGGACCGUGGAGCGAAUUCUGGCACUCUUGGUCUCAGGGAAACUUUGCCAUUGUCAGUACCUUCUUGUUCCAGCUGAUGGUGAUGUUGAUGAGCAGUUCGGAAGACAGCACCAAAGCAGAGGUUGCCGAUCUAAUUGCUCGCUGGAAGAAGGCCAUAAGGAUUGGUGCUGGAAGCGGCGGCUGGGGAAGCUCGUUGAUGAGCAUGGCAUUGAGUAGACUGGAUUCGUUACUCAGCCAUGCGGCGGGCUGA